GCGCGGAACUACGAGUCCCAGGGUCCCUUGCGGCCACCGUAGUCAAGUGGCCGGUGGAAUUGGCCCAGGAUGACAGCUGGAGAAUGGAGUCAGGACCUUUGCCCCAGAGAAGGGGAAUGCUAAAGCAAGUGGGGCCCCAUAUGCUGACUGCCUGUCCACGGCUUCACUCAGGCAUAGCUUCUGGUGCAGAUCCCCUUUGUCCCUCACAGCCUUCACCACCCCUGCCCUGCUAUGGAACCUGUCUACAGGAAAGACGGAGCCUGUGUGAACUCUCCACGUCUAUUAGGAGUUUUAUCCAAGUAUGAAAACCAGAUUACUAUUUUUGCUGACUACCUAGAAGAGUUUCCAGAUACAGAUGAGCUGGUAUGGAUCUUGGGAAAACAGCAUCUUCUUAAAACGGAAAAAUCUAAGCUGUUGUCUGAUAUAAGUGCUCGUCUAUGGUUUACAUACAGGAGGAAAUUUUCACCAAUUGGGGGAACAGGCCCUUCGUCAGAUGCUGGCUGGGGAUGUAUGCUACGCUGUGGACAGAUGAUGCUGGCUCAAGCCCUUAUCUGCAGACACUUGGGAAGGGACUGGAAAUGGGAGAAACAGAAAGAACAACCCAAAGAAUACCAACAAAUCCUACAGUGCUUCUUAGAUAGAAAAGACUGUUGCUACUCUAUCCAUCAAAUGGCACAGAUGGGCGUAGGAGAAGGGAAAUCAAUUGGCGAAUGGUUUGGACCAAAUACAGUUGCACAGGUGUUGAAAAAACUUGCUUUAUUUGAUGAAUGGAAUUCCUUGGCUGUUUAUGUUUCAAUGGAUAACACCGUGGUCAUCGAAGAUAUCAAAAAAAUGUGCCGCACCCUGUCCUUGAGUGCUGACAUACCUGCUGAGAGGCCCCUGGAGUCUCUGACUGCUUCCACCCAGAGUAAGGGCCCCUCGGCCUGCUGCACAGCCUGGAAACCCUUGCUGCUUAUUGUGCCCCUCCGCCUAGGCAUAAACCAAAUCAACCCCGUCUAUGUUGACGCCUUCAAAGAGUGUUUUAAGAUGCCACAGUCUUUAGGGGCAUUAGGAGGAAAACCAAAUAACGCCUAUUAUUUCAUAGGAUUCUUAGGUGAUGAGCUCAUUUUCCUGGACCCUCACACAACCCAGACCUUUGUUGACACCGAAGAGAAUGGAAUGGUUGACGACCAGACUUUCCAUUGUCUGCAACCCCCGCAGCGGAUGAACAUCCUGAACUUGGAUCCUUCCGUAGCAUUGGGGUUUUUCUGCAAAGAAGAAAAAGACUUUGAUAGCUGGUGUAGCCUUGUUCAGAAGGAAAUUCUAAAGGAAAAUUUAAGGAUGUUUGAAUUAGUUCAGAAACAUCCAUCACAUUGGCCUCCUUUUGUUCCUCCAGCCAAGCCAGAAGUAACAACCACAGGGGCAGAGUUCAUUGACUCUACUGAACAACUAGAGGAGUUUGACCUGGAGGAAGAUUUCGAGAUUCUGAGCAUAUAGGAUAGUGGAAACUCACCUUGGAGAUCUGUCUUCCAUCUGGCACCAGAAGAACAUGAACUCAUCACGUAAAACUUUUUUCAGUCAGCAAGUGCCUAAUAUGCCAACAGCAUACAAACUUGAUAGGAAUCAUGACUGAGCCAGUCACCAUUUCUCAGCAAAAAAAAAAAAAAAAAAGAGAGAAUGAACAAUAUGUCCCUUCCCCAGAAGGAACUAAAACAAUCAUGGAAUCUAGGAGCAGAAAGAUUAGGAGCCGUCUCUUGCUUCCGAGCUUCUUACAUGGCCACAGCAAAUCUUCAGCUGCUGGAAUGGGGAGGUGGAUGUGUGGAGGACAGCCAGCAACUCCCACCUUGCUUUCAGCACCAGCAGAUGAGAGAUGGUUACCCUGUGCUUCUUUACCCUUUUCAGGUUUGACCUCUUUGGGCUAAAUACUAAGAAGCAGUCUGUUCCCUUGCUCUAACAAUAAAGUGUUAAUCAUUGUAUCAGAACAAUGGUAACAAGAACAAAAAGUUCUUGUUAAAGUAUUUGAAUAUGUACUUAAAUAAUCAUAAUUGAUCUCAAAAAGUAUGUCAAAGACAUUAUAUCAAAUGUAUAUUUAUUGAUCUACCUACUUGAGAGAACCUUACUAUUUUGUCCCCGUCUUAACUGAUACUUCUGUCAGAUGUCACCCUGUCCUUAAAUCAUUUAUCACUUAAUUCAGGGGUCUGCAAACUUUUUCUGUCAAGGGCCAGAGAAGAAAUGUUUUAGGCUCUGAAGGCCAUGUAGCAACUGUCACAGCUACUCAUCUCUGCUGGUGAAGCACCUAAACAGCCCUAGACAGUGCACACGCACAAGAGCCUGGCUGUAAUGCAAUAGAACUUUAUUUACAAAAAAGGGGGGAAGGGCUGGAUUUAGCCCCAGGCUGUAGUUUGCUAAUCACUGACUUAAAUUAUUGAUUUUUGUUUGGGAAAUUAAAAAUUGUGGUUGAAUUUGA